AGAAUACCUUCCUAUUUCCAUGAAUAAACUAAACCAAAAAUUUCUCCUUAGAGUUGCCGGCAGCAACAUCAAGGCCAAGGCCAUGUAUGUAGCAGGUACUGGCAAGGCACGCUCCUUAUCGCUAUCUAUCACCACACUACAUAUACCAACUACGGCAGGCGAGCAAACUAAAAUCUUUAUCAAAGAUUUAAAAGUAUGCUUUGGUAAAGGCACAUUUAUACUAUCGGCAUUAGCUAACUGAUUCUUACCUUGUCUGCCCCCUUUUUUUUCUUUUCUUUUCUUUUCUUUUUUUUUUUUUUUUGUGUGUGUGUCUGUGUGUGUGUUCAUUUGAUUAACUUGAUUUUUUAAUUUUAUAUCAAUUGUGAUGGCAACCAGUUUGUAACGUUAUUUGUUGUUUGCCGGUGUAUUGACAGGUUUGAAAGGGCAAAUCUAAAAUAUGGCGCGAACUGAUUUUAGUGUGUUUGGAAAGCGUUUAACAUUACUUAUAAUUAUUUAAUUGGAGAAUGCCCAAGGUAUUCGAUAACGUCCAAUUUGGGUUCGCAGCUUGUAGAAUCGGAAUGAGGAAGUGUUGGCAGUGGUUGAGUUGUUAUCGUCCAGUUAUUAUCAUAAGAGAUCAGUACGAAGUUUUGUGUCUUGGACUUAAGGGUGCUGGAAAAACGACAGCAUUGGCAACAUUAGUCGGCGAAUCAGUUUCAAAUGUAGAACCUACAACAGGGUUCAAUAUCAAAACACUGCCUCUGAAAGACACAGUUGUGGAUAUCAAAGAACUGGGAGGUUCAGAUGUAAUUAGACCAUUUUGGAAUAAAUAUUUUGAAGGACAGCAUGGCAUUCUGUAUGUUAUAGAUGCAGCUGCAGAUGAUGAGAGUUUAAAAGAAGCUGUAAAAAUUUUACAUGAAGUCAUUUCAGCUAGCUCAUUAAAAGGUGUUCCAUGUGUUAUCUUAGCUACUCAUCAAGAUGUUAAAGGUUCAAAAACACAAGAAGAAAUUGCACAUUUAUUUCAUGGAGUGCUUCAUGGAAGAAAGUGGCAAGUUCAUAUGUGUGGCUUCCAAGACAGAGAUGGUGUACAGAUGAGUUUAGAAAAUUUAGUGGACCUAAUGGCUGGAAUAUCUUGAAAUUCCUUCAUUAUCUCUAUGGGUUAAUCAGGUUAAUUUGAAAAGAAAUUGUAAGCUAAUAUAAGAAUUAUAUUGCUUGUUAGAUGUGGAUUGUUACUUCAGAUACUUUCAUUCCAUCAUUUGCUUUUACAUUUCUGCUCAUUUAUUGAAAUAAGUGAAUUUGUCUGUGUGUUUAUAAAAGUUUGAAACAUGUAUUUAGGGGAUAUGUUUGCCCCUUGUUAUCUUUUUUUAUGUUUAAUUAGAAAUGAAUUUAGGAUUUCUUUUUUACUUGUUUUGAUUGUUAAAUUUAAGGUAAUACACAACGUUAUUAUGGCCCUUUAUAUUUGUUAUGGAAAUUAAUAUUAUAUCUCCAAAAUUUAGCGAUUAUUUAAAAUUGUUAGUUAAUUAUAUAGCUGAAAAAGUAUUAAUGAUAUGGAUUUAUCUGAACUGUUUUUCUUAAUCUUGUUAAAUUGUUCAGUUGGUUUCUCUUAAAAAUCUGCACAUUUAACCCUUUGAAGGGCACCGGUAUAUAAUAUAUACCGGUUGUUUGCCAAUUUUUUAACCUCCGAAAAAAUGCUAAUUUUUUCUACAAAACCAAAAGCUAUAAUUGUAAGUGUCUAGUGUUUUCUUUCAA